CUACUGACUGUGCUUUUGUCCAGUCCUUCUCUGCACUGACAAUGCACUGUGUGACUCUAAACCAUAACUCCGGUUAGGUUUUUUGGGGUUAAGAUCUAAAUUCAGUGUUUCUGGCUAAACAGUGUAGGAUAUAAAUGGGAACCUUUUAAUGAAGUGUUCAAAAUUGAACAAUGCUGUCUGAAUCAGAAAUGGGUACUGUAUUGCCAGAUGCAGCCUCUAACUUAGAUGUUCCAGUGUCGUGUGAGGUGUCUCCUAGUGAUGUCAUGGUGAACUCUGCAUCCAGAACUGUUGAGGACCAUAGCGCUGAAAUAACUGAAGAGACUAACACUGAAGACUCUCAGCUCGAUAUGUUUAGAUCCAAAGCUUCAUCCCCAGCCUCAGGCCUAUGGACAACACGACGGGAUGGAGAAGUUAAACUAAGGCUAGAACAAAAGGGUAUUGGUAGUGAGACACCAAAGACUGUUCAUGAACUAUUCCAGGAAGCUGUUAAAAAAUAUGGUGACUAUUUUGCCCUCGCAUCAAAGAAGGGUGACAAGUGGAUAAAGCAAACUUAUAAGCAAUACUAUGAGGAAUGUCGGAAGGCAGCAAAAAGCUUUAUUAAGUUGGGAUUGGAGCGUUUCCAUGGAGUGGGCAUUUUGGGAUUUAAUUCUGCAGAGUGGUUUAUUGCUGACAUUGGAGCUAUUCUUGCUGGUGGUUUUGCUGUAGGCAUCUACACCACAAACUCUCCUGAAGCCUGCCAGUAUGUAGCGGAGAACUGUGGCGCUAAUAUCCUGGUUGUGGAGAAUCAUAAACAGCUGGAGAAAAUCCUAGAAGUUCAGGACAAGCUCCCUCUUCUGAAAGCAAUCAUCCAGUACAAUGGAGAGCUUAAGGAGAAAAGACCAAAUCUCUACACUUGGAGUGAAUUUAUGAGCCUUGGCAGUGACGUUCCAGAUUCCCAGCUUGAUAAGAUCAUUGAAUCCCAGAAGCCUAACCAGUGCUGUACACUGAUAUAUACCUCAGGAACAACUGGACAGCCAAAAGGAGUUAUGCUCAGUCAUGAUAAUAUAACUUGGACUUCGCUAUCAGCAGGGCGCUACGUACGACUGACAGAAGCUACCAAACAACAGGAGCUGGUGAUCAGCUACCUUCCCCUCAGUCAUAUUGCUGCUCAAAUGAUUGAUAUUUGGUUGCCGAUAACAUUUGGUGCACAAGUUUUCUUUGCUCAACCAGAUGCACUGAAGGGCAGCUUGAUAGACACCUUACGGGAGGUGAGACCAACAGCUUUUAUGGGAGUUCCUCGCGUCUGGGAGAAAAUACAAGAAAAAAUGAAAUCUGUGGGUGCAAAAUCAUCCACUCUCAGAAGAAAAGUAGCAGCAUGGGCUAAGGAAGUAGGAUUACAAACUAACCUGAAACGGAUGAAUGGGGCUUCUGAACUCCCAGUGAACUUCCGUCUAGCCAGGCAGUUGGUGUAUAAAAAAGUUCGGAAGGGUCUUGGACUGGAUCGAUGCACAAAGUGCUACACUGGGGCUGCCCCAAUUACUAGAGAGACUCUGGAGUUUUUCUUGAGUCUUGACAUUCCAGUGUAUGAAUUGUAUGGCAUGAGUGAGAGCUGUGGACCUCACACCAUCUCUCUUCCAGAUGCAUUCAGAAUCACUAGCUGUGGAAAAGAGAUUACAGGCUGCCGGACAAUGAUUUACAAGCCUGACAGCGAUGGCAGUGGAGAGAUCUGUUUCUCAGGAAGACAUGUCUUUAUGGGCUAUUUGAACAUGGAAGAUAAAACCAAAGAGGCAAUUCAUGAAGAAGGCUGGCUACAUUCAGGUGAUCUUGGCAAGCAUGACAGGAAUGGAUUCCUUUACAUCACUGGAAGAAUUAAAGAGCUCAUCAUUACUGCUGGAGGGGAGAAUAUCCCUCCCGUUCCUAUUGAAGAUGCUGUAAAGGAGGCUGUUCCUAUAAUUAGUAAUGCUAUGGUAGUUGGCGACAAAGCAAAAUUCCUUGCUAUGCUUUUAACUCUGAAGUGCAAUGUAAACGAAGAAACAGGGGAACCACAGGAUGACCUUACUCCAGAAGCCAUAGCAUACUGUCUCAGAUUAGGCAGCAAAGCUACAAAAGUCUCAGACAUUGUAGGUGGCAAAGACAAAGCUGUUGAUGCUGCUAUCCAGAAGGGAAUUGCGUUAGUCAAUGAGAAAGCAAUCUCAAAUGCACAGAAAGUACAGAAGUGGGUCCUUCUAGAAAAGGACUUCUCAAUAGCUGGUGGAGAGCUAGGUCCAACUAUGAAACUGAAGAGACCUGUUGUCGCAAAGAUGUAUAAAGACCAAAUAGACCACUUGUACACUGAUGUGGCAACCACAUCAGCAAAUCUGCUUUCAAAGUAACCUUGGAACACUGCGGGUCUCAACAUCCAGUUCUCCAACUCGUCCUCUGCUGUGUAAGUGUGCGUGCUGGCUGUUGCUUCAACUCCCAAAUGAAGGAAUAAAUGGGUCUCUGAAAUAAACCAGGUUUAAUAUUGUAGCCCUGCAAUCACUGAAUAUAUGUAUACAUUCCUGACUCUAGUUAUUGGUGAUACUGCACUAAUGUCGUCUUUCUCUUUGGACUUUUUCCUAAUGUCCAUGGUCAUCUCAAAAUCAGUUGCCCACUGUAUAUGGGCAAGUAGAAUCUCAGCAAAAGUUAGUUAAAAUACUUAAAUAGUACCAUGGCUAUUUGUGGUUGUUGUGGGGUGUGUGUGUUUGUGUUUUUUUUUUUUUUUUUUUAGUAUUGUAAAAACCAUGCUGUAACUUAUUUUUCAACCAAAGUCAUUUUGUCUGAAAAUGAAUGUAAAAGACAAGCAGGAACCUUUGGUUUCUUUAGUGUUGCACUUGAGGGCUCAGGUACUUUUUUUAAUAGCAAUGAAAUUUGUAAGUAAAUUAUACACAGCAUAUAAAGGUUUCUAUGUGUACUGCAUAGAAAUUACAGGUAUACUUGGUUCACUGUUGGUGUAAUACAGGCUUAGACUUUUCCGGUUGGGAUCUCACAAAGCCAUAAACACAUUGAAACUAUAUACUCUGCAUGUGUUGUAAGAAGCAUUCCAUCAAAUGGAGUCUGAUAGAGCUGUCAAAAUCCUGUCCCUUCUGACUUGUUCUUCAGUUAUCCUACAAUCAUAGAAUGUGUCUUGAACGCCACCUAGGUUUUUAUGGUAUAAUGUUUGAGGGGGUUGAGGAAAAGGUCUUAAUGACUUCUUGCAAAUACACUUUUAGGACUGUAAUGGAUUGAACUGUUUUAAAGGUUUCUUCUCCUUUGAAAAGAAAAGUUAAUGUAUGUAUUAGAGAACUAGGAAAUGCUCCAGUGACUGCUAUUGCCUUUUCUGGCAAAAGGAUUAGUUAAUUAGGGGGAGGUUCAACUGCUGGGGGGGUGUGUGUGGAGGGAAUUUAAGUAUCUACAUGGUGUGUUGCAUUUCUAGAACUUCAAGCUGUCUUGCACUGUAGGCCCCUCUACAGAAGCAAGCAACUGUUACUGAAUGCAUGGAUGCUUACAGUAAACUACUGCAGAACCUAUUCACAGAGGGCAAGGUGCCCCUGAGCAGAAAGGCAUAUCAGUUUACACUCUGCCUGGAGGAAUAGAGAAGAUAAAUGAUUACCCCCUCCUGUUAACCAGUUAUGAUACAGUAGUCCUGCAGGAAUUUCAUUGUAUGAAGGCUUAACUCCAACUAAGUUUCAGGGAGUUUAAAUGUUUAAAGGUCUAAUUUUUUUGACAAACUUGUAUUUAUUGGACCAUGAACACCACUGUAUGAACCAUGUAUGAGUCCAAAAGAUUGGACAAAAGUGCAAUCAUUUUAUUUACUCUUAAACUUUACUCUUACUGAUGUCUCUUUAGUUCAUUACCUUUGUCAAGUGCCUGGAGUGGUUUGUCAGGCAGAGGAAUGUGUAUGUAUAAAUUACUGUAAGGCAUCUUCAAACAAGGAUUAAAUGGCUAUUCUGAUUUGUAUAGCAAACGUAACUUUGCCAUCCCUUGAGUCACAUCAGGGUUUGUUGUGCUAAGCCUUAUCUGCAAGAUGGCUGGGGGGGAGGCUAGGAAAGGAAUUUAAAGCACUUAUACAAGAAUUCACAAAUUGGAAUUAGCAGUGAAGAUUCCAUAUCUGUACAUAUGUUUGUAAUUUGGGACAAGUGCUAUGCCCUAGUCUCAUUGGUCUUCUGUAACUAUGUUCUUUGUGAGACAAGUGUGAAAUGUCUGAACUUCAAGGAAUGCUUAAUAAACAUCUGAACUUCA